GUGAAUGCUUUAUGAACUGAGUGCGAGGGGUAGUGUGAACGUUUGUUGUCUGCCGUCGUUUUCUGGAUGAUACACAUAAUUUAACAUUGCCUUUGGAUAACGAGAGGAUCUGUUUAAUGGCCUUCUUACAGAAAAGCUAGAGGUAGCAGUGCCUGUUCUUCUUUGGUUAGAGUAUCAGGUGAUCAGAAUGCGACAUUUAAAACGACAGCUGCUCAUCACCUGUUUCUUCUGUUGUAUGUCGCUUUCCUGUUACCUGUUUUUCGUGGACAACAAACAUAUUGGGCACAGACUACCUCCAGAUGAAUUGCCUUUAAGAGCACUCAAAAUAACAGAAAACACAGAAGAAAACACAAAAGUUGACAAUGUCACAUCAAGUGUAUUUUCAUCAUCAAAGAACAUAUCAGAUAGUAAGAAAAGUAAUGACACGUCUGUAGAGGUAAAACCACUACCCAUUGCCGUUUACCCAAACUGUACAAUAAAGAAGUCACUAAGCAAUAUGAGGUUAUUUACAAAUAGAUUUAAAGAAGAUUAUCCACCUUUUCUGUCCCCUGGCUUUAUGAAAUGGGAUGUUCAAAUGAGUCAGUAUCCCCCACCAUUUGGUAUGAAAACUGCAG